GUAUCAGGAGAUCUUUUGCUUCAUACACUGAGCACUUACCCCGGAGACCAAUUCCUGGAUUGAAGUAUGGGAGACGAUCAGGCUGUCAUAGUAUCUGCAAGAACUGUCUACAGCACUGGGACUGUCAUUUCAUUACUUUGCCUGUCCAGCAUUAGUCCAGCAUGGUGCCAGAUGAUGAACGACUCACAGGAUCUGUCUUCGUUCACUUUGAGGAAUUCAACCCAAACAACAAAUGAAACAAGUUUGGAUCUUGCAGAAUCCUUUGGAAAUAAAUACAAUAUCUACAUAGGGCUUUUAUUGGGAAUCAGUUCCAGUCUGUUCAUUGGCUCCAGUUUCAUAAUGAAAAAAAAAGGCCUUUUGCGAUUGGCUGAAAAAGGGAUCACCAGAGCAGGACAGGGUGGAUUCUCUUACCUAAAGGAAUGGCUUUGGUGGGCUGGACUCAUUUCAAUGGCUGCAGGAGAAGGUGCAAACUUUGCUGCGUAUGCAUUUGCCCCAGCAACGUUGGUGACGCCACUUGGUGCACUGAGUGUCCUUAUAUGUGCUGUCCUGUCGUCAUAUUAUCUGAACGAGACACUGAACAUUCAUGGAAAGCUGGGCUGCUUCCUGUGCAUUCUGGGCUCUACAAUGAUGGUCAUUCAUGCACCUCAAGAAGAAGAAGUUACUUCCUUGCAUGAAAUGGAAAUUAAAUUAAGAGAUCCAGGGUUCAUCACAUUUGCUACACUUGCAGUUGUGGCAUCCUUGGUGCUUAUAUUUAUAGUUGCCCCAAAGAAUGGACAAACCAACAUUUUGGUAUACAUCGCCAUAUGUUCUAUCAUAGGAGCAUUCUCUGUGUCAUCUGUGAAGGGAAUUGGAAUAGCAAUUACGGAAUUCAUAGAAAGGAAACCUGUCUACAAGGACCCCCUGUUCUACAUCUUAUUGAUCAUUCUAGUGAUCUCUGUGAGCACACAGAUAAAUUAUCUCAACAAAGCACUAGAUGUCUUCAAUACAUCUAUUGUGACCCCAAUUUACUAUGUCUUCUUUACCACCAUGGUGGUCACCUGUUCUGUGAUAUUAUUUAAAGAAUGGAACAGUAUGAAUGCCAGUGAUAUCAUCGGAACACUAAGUGGAUUCCUCACCAUUAUUAUUGGUAUUUUCUUGCUACAUGCUUUUAAGAACACCAACAUCACUUGGAGCCAGAUCACGUCCAAUGUAAGGAAAGAAAAGCAAAAGCUUGCUGAUGAGCAUGAAGAUCAGCACAGCUUGCUCGGGAGCUCAGAAAGUUCACUAUUGGCGUUUGAAGAUGAAAGACAAGAUGAACACUACUAAUCCAGGAUAUAGCUAAAUGCCAGGAAGUGUCCUCAUCUCUUGCCUGUUUGUGCUUUAUUUGGUUCCUGCACAGAGUAUUGGACUUCAACCAGUUAAAAUGUUUAUCAAUGUAUAUAAAUAUUGUAUAUAGUAAUAUAAAUGGGUAAGUCAAUAGUUUCAUCAUAUUUUGUGGACGCACUUCGUUCUGUGUACACGUUGAGAGGUGUUGCAGUUCUGGGUAACAUUAUCAAAUAUUGUAAAUGUAUAAAGGACCCAUUGAUGAGUACAGAGCUGCCAUUGCUAGCAUAUUACAUGUACAUAUCAAUCUGGGUAGCUGACCAGACAAAUUUGUUAAUACUGCAACAAGUGAUCUGUCCUAACGAGUGACCGAUGUUUGUUGUGCAUAGACAAAAGAGAAAUGAAAGUAUUUAUUAUUUUUGAGAAAAUCUGCAAAGCUAUGUAUGUCUUUUUUGCUUUAAUAAUCAUUUUCACUGCACCUUAUUCCCAUUCUCAUUAGGUAACCUAUUCAUAAUAUAAUUUAGCUUUAUUGAGGACGUCCUAUAGGCUACCAGAUCUUUCAUUGCUUUCUAGAGAUUUUUAUGGGUUCUUUAAACCACAGAGUUGGAUUCAUAUAUUUGUUGCUUUGUGGUUACAAUAUUUAUAGAUUAUUUUCAUAGUUCUACCAUAUUGGUAGUGGUCAAAUGAAAAACCAGCUGCAAAUGAAGCACAAUGAGUCUGGCAGUGCACGCUAUUUGGGAUUUAUAGAGAUCGAAUCCAUAUUUAUAUCUUAAUGUAUAUGAUAAGGCACCAUUAUCAGUAUUGUGAUUGCAAAGCUUAAUCAAAGACUCUUAAUAUUAAGCUAAAUAGAUAAAAGCAAUCCAACAAUGAUUGAAAAACACGCAUCUUGUACAAGUGCUAAAACCUGUUUCAGACUUGAAUCACUGCUGCCGUUUUUACCAAAAAAAAGUGUCAAAAUUGUACCUAGAGACCCAUGCACAGAUCUCUUUCUUGCACAGAUCGACUUUCAGUGGUGUCACAGACAGCAGGGCCCAGCACGUGAUGUCAUGCGCCUGCUGCCCAGGCCUGUGAAAGUAGAGUUUGACCCGAUGUAGGAGAGAGAUCUGUCCUUUCUAGUGCAAAGCUCUACUGCAGCUCCGCUAAGCAACAGAUUUCCCAAUUUACUCCUCAGGCCAACAAAGUAGAGCAAUGGUAGUUGUUUGUGUGCGAUUUUAAAGG